CGAGCGGCGCAGCUGCUGGCACGCCACUGGUGAGGAGGGACCUGACACGCAGAAGAGGAAAAUCAGCACUUGGAGGGCAGUGGGCGGCAGGGCCGAGCACUGAGCAGCGCGCGGGUCCUCUCCCUCCGCACCACCUGAGGGCUGCUGCCGGCAUGAAGGACUAUUACCCGGCCUCGAUGCCGCGGUACAGUCGGUACAGGCAGAGACUGAGAGCUGCACGCACCGUGCACUUCCCCAAUGACAUCGUCUUUCAGGACCACAUCAGGCAGGGGGACCUGGAGCAGGUGGGCAGGUUCAUACGUGCCAGGAAGGUGGCGCUGGACACCAUCUACCCCUCCGGCAUGGCAGCCCUCCAUGAAGCUGUGCUCACUGGGAACCUGGACUGUGUCAAGCUCCUGGUUAAAUACGGCGCCGACAUCCACCAGAGAGAUGAGAACGGGUGGACGCCCCUGCACAUGGCCUGCAGCGAUGGCUACGCCGACAUCGCCAGGUACCUCAUCUCCCUCGGGGCCAGCCCGGAGGCCACCACCGACACCGGCGAGAAGCCAUCGGACCUCAUCGACCCCGAGUACCAGGACCUGGUGGAACUCUUCGGGGCCACCACGAUGGGCUGAGGCGGCGCUCGGCGGGGAGCAGGGCGGGGCUGCGGCGGGGCCGGGGCCGGGCCCGGGCUGGGCCUGGGCGGGCGAGCGGGGGCUCGGUGGGAGCCGCGCCCCGGGAACCACUUUGUACUUUUCCAAUAAACCAAGUGCCGGC